GAUGCGUCUAUUAUUCAUUCAAGCCUCAAAAGAAUUUUUAUAAAUAUUAUUGCAUGAACUAUAAUGCCGUCAUAUUAAAAAGAGUUUUCACAAGUGCUGCUAAACUAAAACCUAUUACCUUUGUGACACAAACAAGGGGGAAAUGGAAGUUUCGCUGAUUCAAAGCAGUGCUCACAUUUUACCGCCAAGAGUUCAUACUACAGUUGAAGUACAAAUGAAAAAGAAAUGGUGGCAGGUAAUUACAGCUUACAUCCUGCCUAAUCGACGGCAAAUUAAUCGUUAUAUCACACAAAUGUUUUGCGUCCUAUUUCUGUAUGCCAUAUCUUAUGGCAUGCUUGGGGAUGAUGCUUUGCCAGGCAGUGCAAUAUUUGCUCUUUUUGUUAUUGUAAUUGCUGCUUUUUUGGGAGGAAAAUGUAUCGGUCUGCUCAAAAUGCCACCACUAGUGGGCAUGCUGAUUGUAGGAUUUCUUUUCAGAAACAUCAGAGAAAUUCCUUUUUAUCAUCACAUUCCAAAGAAAGUUACUACUGAUUUACGAGAAAUAGCUCUCUCCAUUAUUUUAUUAAGAGCUGGUAUAAGUCUUGAUGGUAAAGCAUUGAAAAAGUUAAAACUAGCUGUACUGAGACUGGCUAUUUGUCCACAAUUCACUGAAGUAUUAAGCCUGGGUAUUCUUGGUCAUUUUCUGUUAGGACUUCCUUUUAUCUUCUCUUUCAUGUUAGGAUUUAUUAUCUCUAAUAUUUCUCCUGAAAUAGUAUUGCCGCCUUUACUAGAAUAUGAAAGACAAGGAUACGGAGUUAAAAAGGGAAUUCCUGCUUUGGUAAUUGGAGCUACUUCGCUAGAUGACGUUGUGGCAAUCACAGGCUUCACUGUUUGUUUCAGUGUAGCUGUCUCAACCAAAGACUUAUUCUGUUCUAUAAUCAAAGCCAUUUUAGAGCCAAUAAUAGGACUUGCAUUAGCAGUAAUUUUUGGAAUUUUAUUUUGGUAUUUUCCAAAGACAUACAAUAAAAGAAAAAUUAAAGUUUAUUACAAUGUUCUAAUGGUAGUAUUGGGAUCUAUUGGUGUAAUGUUUUUGAGCCAAAGAGUUAAAUUUGCUGGCUCUGGACCUCUCGCGUGUAUCACUCUUGGAUUCAUUGCUUGCAUUGAAUGGAGAAAAGACCCCCAGCAAUUUGAAGGUGUAUAUAAUAGCACUCUUCUCUUAUGGGAAAUUGUUGAACCACUUCUGUUUUCUCUAAUCGGAGCAGAAAUUACCGUUGAGAUAUUACAUUCUAAUGCAGGGUGGACUAUAUUAUCUCUGAUUUUGUCUCUCUUUUUCCGCACAAUUAUGACAUACUUUGCUACAUUUGGCUGCAAUUUAAACUACAAAGAAAAAUUGUUUAUCUGCUGUUCCUACCUGCCAAAAGCUUCCGUACAAGCUGCUAUAGGAUCUCUAGCUUUGGAUUACGCGAGAGGACAUGAUUAUUCAGAGGAGUUCGUUCAAUUUGGCCUUAUAGUAUUGAAUGUCUGCGUUUUGUCUCUGCUAUUGACUGCACCAUUGGCUGCUAUACUCAUUCAUUUUAUGGGACCUAUUUUAUUAACCAAGGAUAGAGAAUCCUUACAUCGAUUUGCUUUUGAAUCAUCAGAGUUAUCUAGAGAAGAAGAAGAAAUAAUUGAU